GACUAUGUUAUUUCAUUUUAUGCCAAUUGGUUUUGAAACGAAUUAUAUAUAUAUAUUUACUUUGAGCUUAUUCGAUGAUAAGAACAAAAAAAGAGAGUAGAUUUUGAGCUUAAAUAUAAAAAUUUCCAGAGCCGAGCAGGUGAACCAAUUGUGGAAGAGCAAGAUCAAAACUUUGUGAAGAAUGAAAUCGUCGCUGCUGCGACUGUGGUUUGCGAGAGUAAUCGUGCUUACACAGCUCAUCCACGGAGCUUUGAGCUGGGGCAAAGAAGGUCACUACACCGUCUGCAAAAUAGCCGAGAGCUACUUUGAGGAAGAAACUGUAGCUGCAGUGAAGAGACUGUUACCUGAAUCAGCUCAAGGAGACUUAGCAUCUGUUUGUUCAUGGCCUGAUGAGAUUAAACACCAUUGGCAAUGGCGUUGGACUAGCCCUUUACACUAUGUUGACACUCCUGAUUACAGAUGCAACUACCUGUAUUGUCGGGAUUGCCAUGAUACUCAUAAGCAUCAGGACCGGUGUGUGACUGGAGCCAUUUUUAAUUACACGAUGCAGCUUAUGUCUGCUUCUGAAAACUCCCGGAGGAUAGUCCACUACAACUUGACAGAGGCUCUCAUGUUCUUAUCACAUUAUAUCGGAGAUGUUCACCAGCCGUUGCAUGUUGGUUUCCUGGGAGAUGAAGGUGGAAACACGAUAACAGUGCGGUGGUACCGUCGGAAAACAAAUUUGCACCAUGUGUGGGAUAACAUGAUAAUUGAGUCUACUCUUAAAACAUACUACAAUAAAAGUCUUCCGCUCAUGAUUCAAGCACUUCAAGCCAAUCUCACGCAUGGCUGGUCAAACGAUGUUCCGUCGUGGGAAUCAUGUCAACUUAACCAAACGGCCUGUCCAAAUUCUACGGUUGUGGAUGUGUUCAGGUAUGCAUCUGAAAGCAUAAGUCUGGCUUGCAAGUAUGCUUACAGAAACGCUACCCCAGGGACUACUUUAGGAGAUGACUAUUUUCUCUCUCGGUUGCCUGUUGUGGAGAAGAGACUUGCACAAGGUGGGAUUCGCUUGGCGGCCACUCUUAACCGUAUCUUUUCUUCAAAACCUAAGCUUGCUGGAGCUUGAAAACUAAGUAAAAGGGAUGCUCAGUAUGAUGCAGUCACACUCUAUUAGCUCAUUAACUCAAAAAAAUGUUUUUAAUUACGUUUUGUGCCAUGGCUUUUGUUUUAGUUUAGUUUAACUAGAAUAAGAAGUAGUCGAUAGCAUGCAUCAAGUAACUUUGUAGAAAACAGCAUAUUUCACUGAAAUCACAAAUCUUGAUUACAAGUA